UAUCUAUAUUUGUGUAAUCUUUCCCUAGACUCUGGCCAAUAUGAAGGUAAAGUCUUUUCAAGGUAAUGCCAACGCCCGGCCUGCCCCCCCCAUGACCCUGCAGCCUGUAGUGGAGCCAGGUCUAAUCCCCAGCCCUGACGUCCCUAUGGCCAUCCUCAAUAGGACAUACACAGCCACAGCCAAGGAGUAUCUCUACCAGCUCUACUCACACCUCAAGGCGGUUGAGCAGCUGAGACAGAAGAUGGUGAAGGUGGUGCAGUGUGUGACGGGCGUUAACCACGAGAAUCCGAAAAUUCUGAGUGUGAAGAUGGAUCUGACGCAGCACCAGUGCUACAAGGAUGCUGUCAGUCAUUACAAGACACAUUGCUCAGACUGGUUUUCCACUGAGUAUGGGUAUCAUCUGCGGCACCUGUAUGCGUUGUUCAACCUGUGUGGGUCAGGAUAUCGAACAGAUUGUAUCCUGAUGACAAUCGAGAAAGUGUGUCUAGUUGAAGAGAGAAACCUCCAAUCAGGUUGCUGUGUCUACAGACAGGGGUGUCUGAGAAGACGAGUCUCGUCUUUUCACUGACAAGAAAUAAAGUUUGAAUCUUUUUUAUUUUUUAAUCACUACUCUCUUCUAAUCAUAGCUUUGAUUUCAAACUUGUUUUUUUUCCCCUCCGGUUUUAAUGAGACCUUUUUUUAAAUAUGUUUUUUUUCAUGUUGAAAUUAUAUCUAUACUAUAUCCCUGUGACAGUUUGUUUUGAUUUUGAUGAGAAGAAUGUUUUUUUAAUUUUUUUACUGCUCUGAUUUCUAUGAACACUGAGAGGAGAUCUGGAGCCAGUUUGCCCACUUGGUUGUCAGCUCUGCUUUGCAGGUAGCUCUGCUCUGCUCUGCUGGUAGCUCUGCUCUGCUGGUAGCUCUGCUCUGCUCUGCAGGAAGCUCUGCUCUGCUGGUAGCUCUGCUCUGCUGGUAGCUCUGCUGCAGUAGGGUGAAGUUCACCUAGUUUCUGAUCUUAAUGUCAGUUCUGCUCCCCCCCUCCCACUAAUGGUUAAGUUUAUGACUUGUAGAAGGGGAAGCAGAUCCGAGAAGGGACUUCACCCCUGAGCGAGACUGACCUGGAGGUGGAAUCCUGCAGCAUCACACAUGAUCUGCAAUAUAGCCUGAUCCUUUAAAAACAGGAGAUUGGGUUAUGUUGAUGUUGUCACACGGAUUUUGAAAUAUAACCUGGACAGUCUAAAACCGCUGUGGACUAGUCAUUGCUCUCGCCGUCGGAACCUUCUAUAUCUAGUCAAGGUUUAAUUAAGAUAUUGCCCGAGUCAGAUAAUUGUUAUCAUAUUAGGAUUGUUUUGAGUUAAACGAUACAGCUGCUGUACCUGGUUUUGCUGAGGAUAGGUACAACAGACACGAUGCUCUUUUUUUAAAAGGUGAGGUUUCUGAAUGUUCGUCUAGGAGGCGGUGGAAGGAAUUGAGGAGCAGACUCCAGCAAUUGUGUGAAUAAAACAACCAUUUUGAAGUG